UCCAUUCGCAGCCACCUACCUUCUCCUCCGUCGAUCGCUGGUAAAAGUCCUCCCGAUCUUUUUCCGCUUUUCUUCUGCUUCUUCUUCUACCGCGAGCGAUAGAGAGCCGAAGCAGCAGCUGGCUUAGAUCUACAGCUUGAUUGCAGCUAUUCGGAAAGAAGGCAAGCAUAAGAGAAACAGUAGUCUGUUUUUAGGGUUUUCUUCAGCUUUCUUGCGAGGGUUGAGAUGGAGAGCGGGGUUGGGGCUGUUGGCGAUAGAACGGUGGAGGCGAAACAGGGGGGUGAGAUGGAGACGGCGCCUGAGAGUUUUUCUGAUUGUCGGGUCAGUAAUGGUCUGACUAGGUAUUCUUCUGAGGGUGACGUUUUUGAGGACGCUAUUGGAGAUGUGGAGAGCUUGAAUUCACAGCAAUUUAUUGAGAGUGGAAAGGUUUUGGAGGGAAAUAAUGGCGGCUCUAGCUUGGGGCAGGGGUUGACUGAUGUUGAUGAUAUUGAUCGGAGCCCUAAGGAAGACAAGCUUGUUUCUUCUGAAGGCAGGUGUCGGGUCAAUGAUAUUAGUUUUGGACCGCUCGAGACAACUGCGGGUAAUAAGGAGGUGGUUUUUCCUGUAAAGGAGCAAGAAGAUUCUCAUGUAGCAAUCCCUGCAUUUGUUGCAGAUGAUAGCAAUUGUGGUACUGAAGACUUCAGUGGGGAUGUUCCUUCUGAGGAUUAUCUUUUGUCUUGUCAGAAUUUGGCUGAAUCCUCUGGAAAAGAAGCAGCAGUUGAAUCUGACAAUUUUUCUCGUGAUGGAGAGGGAAUGGAAUUGAUCAAUUUGAAUGGUGAUGAAUCAGAUGGCGCAAUUGUGAAAACUUACCCUGUUCGGGAUGGUGAUGGGGAAAUAGUUUCCGAGUCUGGUAAUCAAAAUUUAGGUUGUGAGAAGCCUCAGAAUGGUGUGAUUGGAGAUGAGACUCAUCUUCUUAAACAAAGUGUAGAUAGUUGUAAGUGUGAGGAGGUUGUUUCAAAUAAACAUGAAAUUGAGGAAAUACAGAGCGAAGAUAUUGAUGAUAUCAGUAAAGGUGAUGGGAUAAAAGUAGAGCCAGAUUCGGUGUUGGUGGAAGAAGGAUCUUCAUAUUCUGAUGUUACAAGUGAAAAUGAUGAGUCUUUGACACAAAGUGGCAGAUCUACAUCUCAAAGUAAGUCUAUUUUCAAGGAGGAUAAGCCAAAAGAAUCUGUUUUUGUUGAAGAUGCGGGUGAGUUUAGCUCCAUUGAUGAUGACGAAAACAAUGCUUCUACUCGACAAGUUUCACCGCCACACUCGGAGCCUUCUUUAACCCCUUCUUUGCCAUCUCGUCCUGCUGGUCUAGGAUCUUCUGCUCCAUUACUGGAACCUACUCGUUCACUUCAGCCAUCUAAGGUAAAUGGAUCUGUUCCCCAUAAUCCGCCCCCCAACUCUGAGAACUCUGUUACUAAUGAUACCGAGGAAAGUGAUGAGAUCAGGGAAAAACUUCAGAUGAUUAGAGUUAAGUUCCUGCGCCUUGCUCAUAGGUUAGGCCAGACUCCACAUAAUGUAGUAGUUGCACAGGUUCUGUACAGGCUUGGUCUUGCUGAGCAGCUAAGGAGGAACACAAAUAGGCAAGGUGUUUUCAGCUUUGACCGAGCUAGUGUCAUGGCAGAACAACUUGAAGCUGCUGGAAAGGAACCCCUUAACUUCACCUGUACUAUUAUGGUUAUAGGAAAAUCAGGCGUUGGCAAGAGUGCUACAAUCAAUUCAAUCUUUGACUCAACCAAAGUCUGCACCAAUGCUUUCCACUUGGGUACUAGGAAAUUUCAGGAGGUGGUGGGCACUGUUCAGGGCAUACAAGUCAGGGUAAUUGAUACCCCUGGACUAUCUUCUUCUCCCUCAGAUCAACGCCGCAAUGAGAGAAUGCUAAACUCAAUCAAGAGAUUCAUCAGUAAAACUCCUCCAGAUAUUGUCCUGUACUUUGAUCGUCUGGACAUGCAGAGCAGGGAUUAUGGUGAUGUGCCUCUUCUGCGAACCAUCACGGAUGUAUUUGGCGCAUCCAUUUGGUUUAAUGCCAUUGUGGUUCUCACCCAUGCUGCCUCUGCUCCACCUGAUGGCCCAAAUGGCAGCCCUCUGAGCUAUGAGAUGUUUGUAACUCAACGCUCUCAUGUUGCCCAAGCUGCUGGAGAUGUGCGGCUCAUGAACCCUGUGUCAUUGGUGGAGAACCAUACCGCUUGCAGAAUGAACAGAGCUGGGCAGAGGGUGUUACCGAACGGGCAAGUUUGGAAACCACAGUUAUUGCUGUUAUCUUUUGCUUCGAAGAUCUUACAAGAAGCAAACAUGCUUCUUAAGCUAGAAGAUAGCCCGCCAGGCAUGUCGUUUGGAUCUCGUUCAAAAGUCCCACCUUUACCUUUCCUCUUGUCUUCUCUUCUUCAGACAAGGCCCCAUCUCAAGCUUCCAGAUGAGCAGAUGGAUGAUGAGGUUAACAUGUUUGAGGGUCUAGAGGAGGAGACAUCUGAUGGAGAUGAUGGGUCUGAUUAUGACGAGCUACCGCCAUUCAAAUCUCUAACACGGUCACAGCUAGCAAAGUUGAGCAAAGAACAGAGGAAAGCAUACUACGAGGAGCUUGAUUACAGGGAAAAUCUGUUCAUCAAGAAGCAAAUAAAGGAAGAAAAGAAGCGUCGGAAGCUGUUGAAGAAAAUGGCUGAAUCAGUCCCUGAAGUGACCGUUGAGCACAGCGGUGAGAAUGUAGAAGAGGAAAGUGGCAGCCCCGCAUCCGUUCCCGUGCCCAUGCCUGACUUGGUUCUACCAAAUUCUUUCGAUUCCGAUUAUCCGACUCACCGAUACCGCUUCCUCGAUUCCUCCAACAAAUGGCUUGUCAGGCCUGUUCUUGAAACCCAAGGUUGGGAUCAUGAUGUUGGUUAUGAAGGUCUGAAUGUUGAAAGAUUGUUUGUGGUUAAAGAUAAGAUUCCUCUCUCUAUUUCUGGGCAGAUAACAAAGGAUAAAAAAGACUGCCAUCUUCAAAUGGAAGUUGCCAGUUCUCUAAAGCACAGCGAAGCGGCUGGCAGCUCCGUAGGCUUGGAUUUGCAGACCGUUGGGAGAGACAUGGCUUAUACUUUAAGAGGCGAGACCAGGUUAACAAAUUUUAGACGCAAUAACACCAUUGCGGGCUUUUCCGCUACCAUCUUGGGUGAUUCAGUUUCUGCCGGAGCAAAGAUUGAAGACAAGUUGAUGCUAAACAAACGGCUCAGCUUGCUCGUAAGCGGCGGGGCGAUGACCGGUCGUGGCGAUAUUGCUUACGGAGGUCGUCUUGAGGCGACCUUACGAGAAAAAGACUAUCCAAUAGGACAAGCUCUAUCGACUAUCGCUCUUUCCGUUGUGGACUGGCACGGUGAUCUGGCCGCCGGCUGCAAUAUGCAAACUCAGCACUCUUUGGGAAGGGGAACCAAAGUCAUUUUUCAGGGAAAUUUGAGCAACAAGGGAAGCGGUCAAGUCAGCAUUCGCUUGAAUACUUCUGAUCAGGUUCAGAUAGCUUUGGUAGCUCUUCUGCCCAUAUUUAGAACUGUUAUUAGAAUGUUUUCUGUUUCAUCCGAAGCUUUCUGAGAACUCAAGCUAUUUGAUUAAUCAAUGAAGGCUGUUACUGAUUCUGGUUAAAGCAUGAUUAAGGGGGCGGCGGCGCUUCACUUUCGAAAUCACUUGUGAGUAAAUCUUAACUGCUGGCCUUUGUAUUUUGUUUCUUUUGUUAGCCUUUGAAAUUUUAUAUCAUUCUGUGUUUUAUGAGAUAGUUAUUUUGAACUAUUUUAGAGUUAGGAUUGUAGUCUUUGAAGUGAAUUUAUAUCUUUUGAUGCUCAAUUCAGGAUAAAUGAAAUCCCUAAAAGGCUGUUGGUUCAGCCUAGAUUUCUUAAAGUUCUCA